AUGUCGAACUUCUCGAGCCACAUCAAGGAGCUCCGGGAGCUCAUCGCGGGCUCCUCCUCCUCCGCCGCCGCCGGCCCGGCCUCCGCGCACUUCGAGGCCAAGCUCCGGGAGGUGCUCCCCAGCCUCCUCCGCGACCACGUCCUCCCCUCCCCCACCGCGAACGAGAGGGAGACCACCGCGGUGCUGAAGCUGCUCACGUACACGGCGCGCAGGUUCCCCGGGGUCUUCUUCAACGGCCGCCCCGCCGAGGUCGUCCGCGUCAUCGGCCGCAUCCUCCCCUUCUUCGCGGACCCCGACUACCAGUCGAUUAUAUUCGACACGGUUUGGUCUCUUCUCUCACUUCUCCGCACGGGUGACAGAGAAGCAUACAGGCAGUUCUUCUUGGAUUUGAUGAUUGCAGUUGAAGAUCUAGAAUACGUAGCAUCAAAUAACACAGAGAGUGGAUGUCUUGUUAAGUGCCUCUGUGGAUCCUUCUCAGAUAUUUUGGACUCCCCUGCGAUUUUUAGUGAGCUCCCAGACAGGUUCCAGCCUAAAAGUGGGCCUGGCGUGCUGGUUGACCUGUCAGGUGGCAUGAGGUGGUGUCCAUUUGCCACUUCGCUGAUGAGACUCAUCAACAAAUGCCUUACAGAUGGUACCCUGCAUGUUGAAGGGCUUGUUACCAUGCCAUUUGUUUCCGCUGCUUGGUCUAUUCUCUGCUAUGGGGAUGAAUCCCUGCACAAGGUUUGUUUUGAUUUUGUGCGGAUCGUUGCAACGGUGACAACUGUUGAGAUUCUUCCUAUGGAAACUAUCAUUCGCUCAAUCACUUGGAUUCUAAGCCAAGAUAUUAAUGAGCUUUCUAGUGUCCGGUAUGCUUGUCUUGAUUAUUGUACUCCAUUCAGUGAUGUUAUUUGGAGCAGUUAAAAGUUACAUGGUGCUGAAGAUAAUUCCUGACAUUGUAGUAAUGUAGACAAUGAAUUUGUCACCUGGAAGAAACAUAGAACUGAUGCAGAUUAUGACUUUUCAAUGGGUGCCUGUCUUCAUGCUCUGCAUUCUUCGUGUCCUGGUUAUAUUGUUGAAUCCACGGCUGCUGAUAUUGUCAAUGUUUUUGCAAGAGCAGUACAGACCAGCAGAAGCUCAGAGCUUCAGGCUGCGAUGUGUAAUGCAUACAAGAGAAUAGUAGAAUUCUGCCCGCCACAAGUAUGGAACCCAGAGAUCCUUCUGAAGUUGCUGUACUUGCCCAAGCCUUAUAGCAAACUGACUGAAUGCAUUUGGCUGGUUGUUGACAAAUUCGGUCAGAGUUCUAUAUCUGUGGAUGACAGAGGUGAUCGAGGCAGCUUUCAGGAGAAAUCUGAAAUAUCUGGCCUGCCAAAAGCGGGCCAGAAAAGAAUAGCUCAGAACCAGGAAAAUAUUUGUUACAAACGUCGAAAGGUUUCAGAAUCACAAUCGUCUGCUGAUUCAUCUAUGACUAAAUUAUUAUCUUCUGCUGGCAUAAGACAUAAACUAGCAAAAGAUUAUGCCUAUGAUCUUCAACUGUCACUAAGCUCAUGCAUCAAGUUCUUAUCACCUGACAAUCAUAAUGCUUAUCCAUUGGAGCCUGAGAUUGCCAUACAAGUGCUUAGUCUUCUCUGUCUUUCGCUCUGCGUAAAUCCAAAGACAAGUCUGUUUAUUAGAAUUUCUAAGCAAGUUCUAUCCUGGAUCCCUUGGAUCUGCAAGCAGCCAACCGAGAAAUGUUUGUUUUCCUUUGACGUAUUACUAUAUUUCAAAGCUCUUCAGACUGUAAUGCUUCUCCGAUCCUCUCAUCCUGGAGACACUGGACUAUUUGAAGAUGAAGCUCGGUUGAUUGGUGACAGUGGUGAAGACUAUGUUGAUCUUGUUAAUUUGCUGAAACGGAUGUGGUCUGACGGUCAUGCUUCCACUCAAGCAUGUUUGGACUGGAAGUUAAAAUGCCUUAUGGUACAAGUUAUUGCCAAGAUUGGCGAUAAACUGAAUACUGAAUGUUACCUUGAAGUCCUUGAACUGGCUACCCAUAGUGAAUCUGCGGAGGUUCAAAAUGAGGCUCUUAUGUCACUACCCAUUAUUGUAAUGUACACUGGUCCUAGGAUGCUGGGAGUGAUGUUCAAGAAACUUGAGUUGUUUGGUGAUUUAGGAUCUGAGCAAGUGUGGAAAUGUAUUGCCUUUUCACUUGGCCUCCUCUCUUGUUUAAAUGGAACCACUAAUGUUACUGACAAAGCAGGGAGCAGUUGCAAGCUGUUCGUGGACAAGAAGGCAAAGCAACCAGUCUCAACGUUAGAUCUUCUCUUAAAAGGUUUCUGUUGCCCUCAGUGUGAUAUCAAUACUGUCAAUACUAAAGAGCAAAUUUCUGUUGUGGACAUGGCAGUAAUGCAAGCUGAAAAUGUUGGCUUGAAAAGUAACAUGUUGAAGGCCCACAUACUUUUCUUCAAGUUCCUCUAUGCACAGACUUCCAAAGAAUGUAUCAUUUCUAUGGUUGAAGUUUUGCCACGAGUAUUGCGACAUUCUAGCAGAGAGGUUCUCCUUGAGAUGAAAAUUAAGUGGCUAAAAUGUAUUGAUUUUCUACUGCUUAAUGGAAUGAAAGAUGUCAGAGAUGCAUUUUCUCUUGUAGUAUGCUGCUUCUUGGAAAAUAGAGUUAUGGACAUUCUGUUCUCAGAUGAAGUGAAAAUGAAGGGGGGGACCAAAGAAGUCAACUUCAUGGACAAAAUAAAGCAUGCUUUCGCACAAGCUGGAGAUUCUCACGUUCUACUGACUCUUUUGGAAUCAACUGCUACAGUUAUGCAAGCUAGUGAUACUCAAGGAGAAGUGUUUUUCUGCUCAUUUGUAUUGCUUAUUGCUCAGCUCGAUAACCCCGAUCCCAUUGUAAGGAAGACCGCAUCGAGAUUACUUCGCAGAUGCUGUACUUACUGUUUCAAAGGAGGAAUAGAACUUUUCCUCUCGAAGAACUUCCGUGUUAGAGAUAAUUUAUAUGAUUAUCUGUCAUCUAGACUUGUGAGUCAUCCUGCAGUGAUCAGUGAAUUUGCUGAGGCUGUUUUUGGGAUUAAGACUGAAGAGCUGAUUAGGAGAAUGGUUCCAUCAGUCAUACCAAAGCUUAUUGUGUCUCACCCAAAGAGCGACCAAGCAGUUAUUACUCUGCAUGAACUGGCAAACCAUCUAAACACUGAACUAGUACCAUUGAUUGUUAAUUCAUUACCUAAAGUGCUCUCCUUCGCUCUAUUUUAUGAAGAUGGGAAGCAUUUGCCAUCUGUUCUACAGUUUUAUCACACUGAAACUGGAACUGAUAGCAAAGAGAUAUUUGCAGCUGCUUUGCCAACACUGCUUGAUGAGAUCAUAUGUUUUCCUGGAGAAUCUGAUCACACUGAGACAGAUAGAAGGACAACAAAAAUCUCCCCAACAAUACAGAAUAUUGCAAGAAUUUUGACAGGCAAUGACACCCUUCCUGAGUUCUUGAAGAAUGAUUUUGUCAGACUUCUCAAUAGCAUUGACAAGAAGAUGCUUCAUUCUGAUGACACAAAAAUUCAAAAACAAGCUCUCCAGCGUAUACGGAAGUUAGUUGAGAUGAUGGGCCCUUAUUUGAGUACACAUGCACCAAAGAUUAUGGUUCUGUUGAUUUUUGCCACUGAUAAGGAAGCUCUUCAAAUGGAUGGUCUUGAUGUGCUACAUUUUUUUAUAAAGCAAUUGGCUGAGGUAUCACCGACGAGUAUCAAGUAUGUUAUGUCCCAAGUUGUAGCUGCUUUCAUUCCAUCUCUGGAAAGGUGCAAAGAACGUGCUUCUGUGCACCUGAGCAAAACUGUUGAAAUUCUGGAAGAACUUAUUGUGAAAAACAACAAGUUGCUUAAACAGCACAUACGUGAAUUGCCGUUGUUGCCUAGCUUACCAUCUUUGUCGGAGGUAAACAAAGUAAUACAGGAAGCCAGAGGAUCAAUGACUUUGCAAGAUCAUCUAAAGGAUGCUGUUGAUGGUCUUAAUCAUGAGAGCUUGAAUGUAAGGUACAUGGUAGCAUGUGAGUUGAGUAAAUUAUUCAAGGCCAAACGGGAGGAUAUUACCGCCCUUAUAAUUGGUGAAGAUAUUUCUGAUUUGGAUGUAAUUAGCGCUUUGAUUACGGCUUUACUUAAAGGAUGUGCUGAGGAAUCAAGGACAAUUGUUGGCCAGAGAUUGAAAUUAGUUUGUGCUGAUUGUCUUGGUGCACUGGGUGCAGUUGAUCCUGCUAAGUUCAAGGUGAUUUCGUGUGAGCGCUUUAAGAUUGAAUGUUCAGAUGAUGAUCUUAUAUUUGAGUUGAUCCACAAGCAUCUUGCAAGGGCAUUCAGAGCUGCUUCUGACACUACAGUACAAGAUUCUGCUGCCUUGGCUAUUCAAGAGCUACUGAAAUUGGCUGGCUGUCAAUCUUUACCCAAUGAAGAUAAUGGGAAGGAUUCAAGUAGUUGUGAAAUGAGCAAAAGGGGCCAGAAGUUGUGGGGACGUUUUUCUAGUUAUGUUAAGGAAAUAAUUGCACCGUGCUUGACAUCAAGAUUUCAUCUUCCUAAUGUGAGUGAUGCUGCUCUACUCGGCCCAAUAUACCGUCCAACAAUGUCUUUUAGAAGAUGGAUAUAUUAUUGGAUUAGAAAGUUGACAUCACACGCAACUGGAUCGCGUUAUGGUAUUUUCAGUGCAUGUCGGGGAAUUGUUCGGCAUGACAUGCCAACUGCACUCUAUCUUCUACCGUACUUGGUUUUAAAUGCUGUUUGCUAUGGAACCCCAGAGGCUCGGCAAAGUAUCACCGAUGAAAUUUUGUCUGUUCUCAAUGCAGCUGCUUCAGAAAGUAGUGGGGCUACUGUUCAUGGUAUUACUGGGGGACAGAGUGAGGUUUGUGUUCAGGCGAUCUUCACUUUACUUGAUAAUCUUGGGCAAUGGGUUGAUGACCUCAAACAGGAAAUCGCUCUAUCCCAGUCUAGUCAUGCCAUGGCUGGGAAGCAUGCAGGUAAACUGAAAAAUGAUGGCCAAGAUCAAUUGCUGGUGCAGUGUAGCAAUGUUGCGGAGCUGCUGGCUGCUAUACCUAAAGUUACUCUAGCUAAGACAUCUUUUAGAUGUCAAGCUCAUGCUCGUGCUCUAGCAUAUUUUGAAUCUCAUGUCCGAGAGAUGUCUGGUUCCUCUAAUCCAGCUGCAGAGUAUAGUGGCACUUUUUCAGAUGAUGACAUCUCUUUUCUCAUGGAAAUAUAUGGAGGAUUGGAUGAGCCCGAUGGUCUAUUAGGUUUAGCUAAUCUGAGGAAAUCAUCAAGCCUACAAGAUCAACUAAUCAUCAAUGAGAAAACUGGAAACUGGGCUGAAGUGCUAACACUAUGUGAACAUGCUUUGCAAAUGGAACCUGAUUCUGUCCAGAGACAUUGUGAUGUUCUCAACUGUUCGCUCAACAUGUGCCACCUUCAAGCCAUGAUUGCACAUGUAGAUGGUUUGGUGUGCAGAAUACCUCAGUAUAAGAAAACUUGGUGCAUGCAAGGAGUGCAAGCAGCUUGGAGAUUAGGGAGAUGGGAUCUCAUGGAUGAGUACCUACCUGAGGCAGACAAAGGUCUUGUGUGCAGCAGUUCUGAGAACAGUGCUUCGUUUGACAUAGGUCUUGCUAAGAUAUUCAAGGCAAUGAUGAACAAAGACCAGUUUAUGGUUGCUGAAAAGAUUGCCCAGUCCAAGCAAGCAUUGCUUGUUCCAUUGGCUGCAGCAGGCAUGGACUCAUACAUGCGUGCAUAUCCCUACAUUGUAAAGCUCCACAUGCUGUGCGAGUUGGAAGACUUCAACUCGCUGCUGGGAGACGAGUCAUUUCUCGAUAAAUCGUUCAGUGCAGAUGAUCCAAAAUUUCUGAAAUUAACAACAGACUGGGAUAACCGUCUUAGAUGUACACAAUCAUCUCUGUGGGCAAGGGAGCCUUUGCUUGCUUUCCGGCGGAUGGUUUAUAAUCUGAGUCAUAUGAAUUCUCAAGUUGGGAACUGCUGGCUUCAGUACGCUAAGCUCUGCCGUUCGGCUGGUCACUAUGAAACAGCCCACCGUGCAAUACUGGAAGCAGACGCAUCGGGUGCUCCUAACGUUCACAUGGAGAAGGCAAAGCACCUCUGGAAUAUACGGAAAUCUGAUAGUGCUAUAGCUGAACUUCAGCAAACACUUCUGAACAUGCCUGCGGAGGUUUUGGGAAAUGUUGUCCUUUCCUCCCUUUGCAGCCUUUCUCUCGCAUUGCCAAAUGCACCUUUCUCUGCAACACAAGCAUCAAAAGAGAACCCAGAUGUGUCUAAAACCCUUCUUCUUUAUACUAGAUGGAUCCACAAUACAGGGCAAAAACAGAGCGAGGAAAUCAGAUGUCUCUACAAUAGAGUAGCAGAAUUGCGGCCAAAAUGAAAAGGUUUCUUUUGCAUGGCAAAGUUUUUGGAUGAUUUACUUGUUGAUGCUAGGAAACGCCAGGAAGAUAAGAAAUUCACAGGUGGAGUUGGAUCUGUCACUCCUAGCUCUGCUGGCCCUUUAAGUACCCAAGCUCAAGAGAAGCCUUGGUGGGAAUUGCUUCCAACAGUCUCACUAUGUUAUGCAAAAGGACUUCACAAAGGACACAAGAAUCUUUUUCAAGCACUACCACGGUUGCUUACUCUUUAUUUCGAAUUUGGAAACAUAUACAUCAGAGAUGACAAUUCCUCCAAUGGAGGAAUGGUAACCGUUCAUAAUAGGAUGUUAAGCAUCAUUCGUGGGUCCUCGAAGGAUCUACCAACUUAUCAGUGGCUGACUGUGCUCUCCCAAUUGAUAUCCCGCAUUUGUCAUCAGAAUGGUGAUGUUGUCAAAACUGUCAGAUACAUUAUCACGUGUGUGUUACAGGCAUACCCUCAGCAAGCACUUUGGAUGAUGGCUGCGGUGUCAAAGUCAACAGUUUCUGCAAGACGAGAAGCAGCUACUCAUAUAUUAAACUCAGCAAAGAAGGGCUGUCGGAAGGGGGGCAAUGUUGCACUGUUUAAUCAGUUUCCUUCUCUAAUAGAACAUCUGAUUAAGCUGUGCUUUCAUCCAGGGCAGGCCAAGGCUAAGGCAAUAAAUAUCUCAACUGAGUUCAGUUCCUUGAAAAGAAUGAUGCCACUGGGAAUUAUCUUACCUGUCCAGCAGUCUCUAACUGUGACUCUGCCAUCGUACGAUUCAAAUAUGUCAGGUCAAUCUACUUUUCACCCGUUUUCGGUAUCUGAGCAUCCUACUAUAGCUGGAAUAGCGGAUGAGGCAGAGAUCCUUUCUUCUCUUCAGAAACCAAAGAAGGUCGUGUUCCUUGGAAGUGAUGGAGUCGCUCGCCCCUUUUUAUGCAAACCGAAGGAUGAUCUUAGGAAGGAUUCACGUAUGAUGGAGUUCAAUGCCGUGAUCAACCGUCUCCUCUCCAAAGUUCCUGAGAGCCGCAGGAGAAAGCUUUAUAUCAGAACCUUUGCAGUGGUUCCACUUACAGAAGAUUGUGGACUAGUAGAAUGGGUGCCCAACACGCGUGGUCUUCGGCAUAUUCUUCAGGACAUAUACAUAACUUGCGGGAAGUACGAUAGGAUGAAAACAACCUCGCAAAUCAAGAGGCUAUAUGAUGAAUGCCAUGCUAGCAAAAUGGCUGAAGACGUGAUGCUGAAAACAAAAAUUCUUCCACUGUUCCCCCCAGUUUUCCACAAGUGGUUCUUGAUGACAUUCUCUGAACCAGCUGCAUGGUUUCGUGCCAGAUUAGCAUAUGCACAUACUGCUGCAGUCUGGUCGAUGGUUGGGCACAUUGUUGGGCUUGGUGACAGGCACGGCGAAAACAUCCUUAUUGAUGCGACAACCGGGGACUGUGUGCAUGUCGAUUUCAGCUGCCUGUUUGAUAAGGGUUUGCAGCUUGAGAAGCCAGAGGUGGUGCCAUUUAGGCUUACGCAGAACAUGAUCGACGGCUUGGGCAUCACCGGAUACGAAGGCGUCUUUCUGAAGGUCUGCGAAAUCACUCUGUCGGUUCUCAGGGGUCACAAGGAGGCGCUCAUGACCGUCCUCGAGACCUUCAUCCAUGACCCGCUGGUAGAGUGGACCAAAACCAGCAAAUCCAGCGGAGGCGAGGUCCGCAACCCACAGGCACAGAGGGCCAUCGCGAACAUCACGGCUAGGCUCCAGGGAGUCGUGGUGGGCGUCAAUGCCGCCCCCUCGCUGCCGCUCUCCGUGGAAGGCCAGGCGCGCCGCCUGAUCGCCGAGGCGGUCUCCCACAAAAACCUUGGCAAGAUGUACAUCUGGUGGAUGCCCUGGUUCUAACAC